UUUUGGUUGGUAAACACAAAACACUUCAUUUACUACGAUUUACGAAACUAAAAAAUACACAUCGACAGAGAGAGGGAGAGAGAGUAGAUUAGGUUUCAAUCAAUUGCUGCUAUGGCGAAUGACGAAACUACGGCGGCGGACGACUUGAUGUCAAUGCUGGUGGAGCUAUUGCAGCGGCUUGAGGCUGAGGCGGAGGGCUCCGUCAAUAUGGAGGAUAUGGAAACUGCUCGUCAACUGAUGCAUUCGUUUAUGGAAUUAAAACUGAAGAAGGCUGCUAAUAAUUCGGAUCAAGAUAUGGUGGUGCCGGUGGAAUUUAUAUGCCCCGCUACUAAGAAACUCAUGGUGGACCCGGUCACUAAUUCUUCUUCUGGGACAUAUGAUCGUGCCAGCCUCAAGGAGCAGGUCAAUUUCAUACCAAACCGCCUACUUCGCAACAUGAUAGAGAACUGGUGCAAGGAGCAUUCAAUCCAUCUACCAGAAAGUAGUAAUUACAAUGAAGAAGAAGAAGAAGAAGAUGAUGAUUUGCUACAUAUGCUGGAGAAGAUCUCAUCCACAUCUGAUCAGAAAGAUUAUGCGAAGAAGCUGCGCCAAUCGAUAGAAGUAAAGCCUUCAAUCCGGGCAAAGUUUGCAGAAUCGGAUGAUGCCGUAGAAAAACUUGUGAAUGUUCUCUCUCAAAUCGAUCCCCAGCAUUAUGGCUUGAAAGAGGACAUCAUUGCGAUGAUCACGAGCCUCUGCUUCCACGACGACGGCAUCAAGAGCCGUGUUGUGGCAACAACAUCGCCUUCUGCCAUUCAGCUUCUUAUUAGUGCUUUGUCGGGUCCGCGUAUGCCUUAUGCGAGUGUGCGGGUUAGGGCCGGAGCUGCUGCAGCCCUUUCGUCUAUAUGCACCAAUGAUCUUUUCAAGGAACAGAUCGGGCAAUUGGAGCCCUUUGAACCACUCGUGAGGUUAGUGAAUGAAGGUGUAGAUUUCGCAGUGGAAGAGGCUGUCAUUGCAAUUCACAAGCUAUGUAGCGUCGAAAGCAAUAAGGUGAAGGCUAUUACGGAUGGAGUAGUCGAAAUGUGUGUUACUAGUUUUCUCGGAGCUGAAAUGUUCAAGCAUAAAACGAUCGGUAAUGAACCGAUUGACCUUCUCUUAUUGCUUUCUACCAAUGAGCUUGCAGUUGAUAGGAUGGUGGUGGAUGCGGUCCUGUACUUGCUUCCUCUGCUAUACAAUCAUCAGAACCCGCUGAUCAAAAAGAACAUUGAGCUUAUCUUGAACAGAAUCUGCCUCCGUUAUCCGGACAGCCAUAAUUUGAAGGAAAACUUGGCAACUUGGCAACAGGAAAUUGAGGAGAAGGUGAAGAAUGAUAUGCAAAAUAGUACAGGUGGGCAACUGCAAGGGCAUGACGAGUGGGUUAAUGAGACGACCGAAGAUGUCAUCGAAAGAUUGAGUCGAGCCUCAGCAGCAAGACGCCAUGAUUAGGUGGAAGCAAGGAGCAGCAACGAAUCACUUUGUGCAGAGGCACAGGAUUGUUAUCACUUUGUGUAGGAUUUUUAUCUUGAACAGCGAAUCACUUUGUUUUCAUUGAGCACCUUAUCUUUAUUAGACAUAUCUUAAGACUAAUUUAUUUCACUGUA